UGUCGUUUUAAGUUUUACGCUUUCCAGCACGGCCCAGCUGCUAGUAAACGUCGCCAGAUACUCACUCCUAGACCCCGCUAGGAUUUGGGAUAUUCCCUGCGGUCGCCGAACUACCCAAGGACAAUAAACAGGAACAAAAACAAACAAAAAGCAGUUUUGUAACACUCCGUAGCAAGCCUUGUUGCUGCAUAUCGUUUAAACGAGACCAACUGCUACAUAUACCUGCCGAGAAAUGGGCCUCAUUUUCAAGAGAUACCUUGAAGCUCCUACCCAUUGCAAUACCCGGAUUUUUGGCUGUAGCGAGUGCAAGACCCAUCUAUCUACCUCGGAGGAUAUCUUGUCAAAGGCUUUCCAAGGCCAACAUGGGAAAGCCUAUCUGUUCAAUCAUGUUGUUAACGUUCUGGAGGGUCAGCCUGAGGACCGGAACAUGACCACUGGCUUGCAUACGGUCAAGGAUAUCUAUUGCACUUACUGUCAAACAGUUGUAGGAUGGAAAUAUGAGAAAGCCUACGAAGAUAGUCAAAAGUACAAGGAGGGCAAGUACAUCCUGGAACGACAGCUUAUGUGCGAGGUGCUAUAAUGGGUUUGCUUGGAUGAUUGCUGCCCUUCGAAUCGGUUUUUCGGUGAAUUGUAUAUCAAGUUUUAUUCCCCUGUUUAUGUAUUUCCCUUUCCUUGGUCGAGAAUGGUUUUGAACGGCCAUCAAGUAGUUAUAGUUUCCCUGUCCUCAGUUGAUUUGACAAUGAAAUGUCUGUUGCUUAAUACGAAGGAUGAUUGCAUUCUGUACUUCC